CCGGGAGCUGUGGACGUCCGCAGGCUCGUGACGUCGAUCCUCCCUCCCUUGGUGCACCGCCCCGGGAGUUUCGGUUCAAAGCUGUUGAAAGCUUGGACGAACGCUGUCUUGUCUCAUCCUUUCUUCCCGUCGUUCCUUUCAAAUCGUCCCAACCGUCCUCACCGAUGCCCCCGUCGUCCGAGCGAACGCCACUGCUGCCCAACGGCGCCGACGCGCACGCCGAUGUUGAAAACGGCGCGCCGCCGGAGCCUUUCGCGAAACGUGCCGUCAAGUUCUUCAAGGCUGAGGGCGAACCGUCCUGGGCUGCCUCGUACCGUCACUUCAUCUUUGGCUCAUAUGUCAACAUACUCCUCGUCUUCGUACCUCUAUCCUUCAUCUCUCAUCACCUACACUGGGAUGCUGCUCUGCGCUUCGGAUUCAGCUUCAUGGCUAUCAUGCCCCUUGCGGCAUUGCUCGGAGAUGCCACGGACCAGAUGUCAUUGAAGCUCGGUCAGACCAUGGCUGGGCUACUUAAUGCGUCCUUCGGAAACGCGGUAGAGAUUAUUGUGGGCAUCGCUGCUUUAUUACAGAACGAGCUGAGGAUUGUGCAGACCUCCAUGCUCGGAUCCAUUCUCUCAAACCUUCUGCUUGUCCUGGGCUGCUCGUUCUUUGCAGGCGGCCUCAAGUAUUCUGAGAGUAACUUCCAAGUCACCGCAGCUCAAGCUUCUGCUUCCCUCAUGACCCUCGCUUGUAUCACGCUGGUAAUACCAGCUGCAUACCACAUGUCCAAACCCGCUGAGGACAAUAUCACGAACGUGCUUGCCAGCGAACGGGGUCUUCUCAUUAUUUCCCGAGGAACCGCGUUGUUACUCCUACUCAUCUACAUCGCGUACCUUGUUUUCCAGCUUAAGACUCACGCUUACCUUUAUAUCGCCGAGCUCGAGGAAGAGGAAGAAGCAUCGAAGAUGAGCACCGUCGCUGCUGCUACCGGGCUCUUGCUCGUGACCGUCAUUACCUCCUUCUGCGCCGAUUAUCUGGUUGCGUCCAUCGAAGAGACCGCGGAGCGGUAUCAUAUACCCAGAGCCUUCAUCGGUCUAAUUUUGCUUCCCAUCGUCGCGAACGCUGCAGAACAUGUCACGUCCAUAUGGAUGGCCCUGAAGAAUAAAAUGGAGCUCACCAUCGGCAUAUGCGUAGGAAGCUCUAUCCAGAUCGCUGCCUUUGUCGUUCCCGUGCUGGUCAUCGUCGGAUGGAUCUCAGGACACCCGCUUACCCUAUUCUUCGCUGACUUCGAAACCAUUGCGCUUUUCGUGUCGGUCGUGCUCGUGAACUUGCUCAUCAUGGACGGCAAGUCGAACUAUAUGGAGGGUCUCAUGCUGAUUAUCCUCUACCUCAUCCUUGCCUUGGCCUUCUGGGUGUCGUAAAUCAAAAUAUGUCUGUGCGUGCUUCAGGUACACUAUUGUGCUUCAGACCUCCUUCGACUUCUUGAAUGCCCAGCGCUACAUGAUACAACCUUAUGGUGCUUGCAUCUUUGCUUGUUACUUGGUACUGCGCUUGCGGCAGACAGACACUGUAACUCCACGGCCUGUUCGCUCUUAUUUAUUGAACCAUUUUUUGAAUCGGGGUAUGCCACCGC